AUGUCGAACCCAGAAGCCCAGGCAGCACAGGCCGCGCAUCAAGCUCUCAUAGAACAGCUCGAUAUCCACUCAAUCCACAAGACUUUCCGCAACCCGCACUGGCGUCCCAACCAACGCCGUAACAAAAACAUCAAGACCAUACUUGGCGAUGCUUCGCGCAAGGAAGCUUCUGUGAUCGCCACUCCGCAAGACAACAGCGGCGCGGCAACACCCGCUUUGCAAGACAACGAUGGCCUCUCUACGAGCGGCACAUCCACCCCGGCUGUUCCAUCGGCCAGCGGCAACCCUAGCCUACAACCAAACUUAGCCCAAGCCUCGCGCAGCCUAUCCAAGCUGGUUCUGGAAAAAUCGCUGUCGGCACCCUCCAAGCCCUCGAAUGGCGCGACCUCAUCGGCGCCAACUGCCACCUACACUAACAUUGAGAGCGCUCCGAGCCUAGCCCCGCUAAAGCACUAUUGCGACGUGACGGGACUCCCCGCGCCUUAUCUUGAUCCCAAGACUAGGAUGAGGUAUCACAACCGCGAGGUAUUUGCCAUGAUUCGAAACCUGCCACAGGGCGUUGGCGAGCAGUUCCUCGAGGCAAGAGGCGCACACACCGUGCUCAAGUAA